GAUGUGCGUUCAGUUUAUAUCAGAUUUCAUUUAUUGGUUUGGAUUCUCCGCCUGAUAAAGUCGUUUCUCAUUAUCGGUUCGUCUGAAAAUUAUUGAUGUUCAGUCUCUUUUGAAGCGAGUCUCUCCUGCGACUCGGCUCUCGUAUUUCUCUCCCUCUCAUCUGGCCUCAUGAUCUAAUCUGUGAGCACCGGAGCCACCAACGACUCGAGAAGCAUUGUGAUGCAUUGAAGUAAUGUGAAUGUGAUGGGGAGAUGGCUUUCUACUGACACUAUCAAUGUUUUGAGUUCUGUAAAAUUACUGUGACUGUCAAGUAUCUUGUAAAUCUAAUUGAUGUCUUAUCAUAACCAUUUUUUUUAUUUCAUUUAAAAUGAUUGUCAAUUUAAAGGUAAAGAUUUAACAAAGAACCUCAAUGUUUUAAUUGAAAGAGUCCUUUGCUGACUGCCUGCCCCUAUUGCUGGCCAUGGUGUCCCCCCAUUCCAAGAGUGUGGUUUGACCAUUCUGGGCCCCUGGGCAGACCAAAAAAGGGAGCCAUUGUGAAUGAAGACCGCUUUUGCCAUUAGGCCCAGGCCGGGUGGUGAGGAUGCCAUGGGGGUUAGGAAGAGAUGUGGAUAUGGGCGCUGGGGCAGAGACAGAUAUGGUCCUCCCAUAAGGACAGAUUAUCGCCUUAUUGUUGAGAAUCUUUCCAGCCGCUGCAGCUGGCAGGACUUGAAGGACUACAUGAGGCAGGCGGGGGAGGUGACGUACGCCGACACCCACAAGGGCCGCAGGAACGAGGGGGUGAUCGAGUUCCGGCUCUACUCCGACAUGAAGCGGGCUCUGGAGAAGCUGGACGGCACCGAGGUCAACGGCAGAAAGAUCCGGCUCAUCGAGGACCGGCCCGGGGCCCGGCGCCGCCGCUCGUACUCCCGCAGCCGGAGCCGCUCCAGGUCUCGCUCCAGGAGCCGCAGGUCCCGCAAGAGCCGCAGCCGCAGCGAGAGCAGCAGCCGCAGCCGCUCGCACUCCAGGGCGGCGUCUCGCUCCCGCAGUCGCUCUCGCAGCAAGAAGAACAAGAGCAAGAGCAAGAAGGAGGACGAGGAGCGCAGCAACGGCGCCGCCAAGAGCAAGGACCACAGCCGCAGCCGCAGCGCCAGCCCCAAGAGCAAGAAGGCCAAGAAGGACGGCAAGAAGGGCAAGAAGGACGACUCCAGGUCCCGGUCCCGCUCCCAGUCCAGGUCCCGGUCCCGGUCCAGAUCAGAAGUCAAAGAUCGCUCCAGGAAGUCGGGCUCCAAGGGCCGCGAUCCGCCGAAGAGCGACGAUGAGGGGGCGGAGCCCGAGCGGGGGUCCCGGUCCCGGUCCCCAUCCCCUGCCGAGCCCAAACCCAGAGCCGGCUCCAAGUCCAAAUCCAAAUCCAAGUCCCGCUCCCCCUCCCCCGCCAAGGCCCGCUCCCAGUCCAGGUCCCCCUCCCGGUCCCGGUCCCCGUCCCGCUCAAAGUCCCGCUCCCCGUCCCGCUCUCGCUCCCGGUCCCGCUCUUAGUGCAGGUCCAGUGCCGUUUUGUCACGUGUCCCCCCCGUCCCUCCCCGUCCCCCCGUCCCUCUCCCUCCCUCUCCUCCUGUGCCUCCCCCAACUCUUCCUCUUGUCCUCUAUUUACAUUCCCCGCCCCGCCCCGGCCCCGCCCCCUCCCGGUUUUUGAUAGGUAGCUGGAGGAAACCCGCCACUCGUGCUGCGUGUCUUUUCUGCACAUGCUGAUUCCAUAAUUUCCUUUGACUUUUACUCAGCGUUUUUCAUUAGAGGCGUUUGUAAAUUAACAGGGUGCGCUCGUUUUAUAAGUUUCAACGAUGGAAUGGUCUGUCUUACCUUGUUUUUUUUUUUAAUUGGUUGUAGUGGGAAUGUGUUUCAGACCCAACCUUAAAUCCUUGUAUCAUUUUGUUUCACAUUAAAGAAAAAGGCCUGUUCUGAA